AUGUCAACCUCUUAUGAAAGAGAGCCUUUGUUGCCUCGGACUGACACAGUCAGCAGUAAGGCGCGUCUUGGGCCACAUGAAAUAUCAAGAUCCACGAGAUAUGGUAUCCUAGCUGGAAUCUGGAUGGCUACUUUUCUUUCUUCUGUAAACAUGUCUCUUGUUCCUACAAUGUUACCCUCCAUAUCCUCCGAGUUCCAGAAAUCGCAUCAAGCAAGCUGGCUGGGGACAGCAUACCUUCUCGCAACUUCCACUUUUACCCCUCUAUACGGUCGGCUGGCAAAUGUAUUAGGAAGGCGGGGAGCAGCUCAAGUCGCAGUCCUCUUUACCGGACUGGGCACCGUUGCCUGCGGCCUCUCAACCAACAUGGAAAUGCUAAUAGCAUCGCGUUUUCUUGCCGGCAUCGGCGGUGGUGGUAUUAAUACCAUAGCCACAAUCAUAGUCAGUGACAUGUAUACUCUACGAGAGAGAGGUUUGGCUCAAGGCGUAGCCAGUGUUUUCAAUGGGUUUGGGCUCGGCUUCGGCGGGCCUCUAGGAGGGCUGAUAACUGAUUGGUUUGGAUGGCGCUGGGCUUUCCUUUGUCAAAUUCCGCUUUUCGUCAUUUCGCUAUUUCUCACCUCGGUCAAUUUGAGUUAUGUGACAAAGGGGAAAGGAAAGAGUACGGUUGAGGUUCUCAAGCGGAUCGAUUACUUUGGUAGCUUCACUGUGUUGAUCUCGGUCGGUUCAAUGUUGAUGUUCCUCAGUACCCGUUUUAACGCCAACCUUCCUUGGUCUGAUGCACGAGUGAUAGUCCCGCUAGUCCUAUCAGUCGUGUUCUUCGUCGCAUUCAUUAUUGUAGAGAUCUACAUUGCUCCGGAACCCGUACUAGCACCGUUCCUCUUGAAACAAAAGAUACCUGUUCUCGUUGGAAUUUCCAACUUCCUGGUAGCGACAUGUAAUUUUACCAUCACGUACUUCUUUCCUAUGUGGUUUCAGACAGUGAUGUUGACGAAUGCAUCAACAGCGGGUUUACAUAUUCUCCCGAACAGCAUAUCAAUGUCGUCGGGAUCUGUGUUCGCUGGUUGGAUGAUGCAUCGUACGGGAAAGUAUAAGAUGAUCAACAUGAUCUUUGGAAUUUUCCCUUUCAUCGGCACGGUGCUCAUUAGUCAGAUACACGAAAAUUCUGGUUGGCUUCAAUCGUGGUUCAGUAUCAUUCCUAUGGGCUUCGGUAACGCGGUUGUGUUACAGACUAUGCUCAUCGCACUGCUAGCACACAUACCUGAAUCACAUAUGGCCGUUGGUACUGGAUUCGGUCAACUAUUUAGAGGAAUCGGCCAAGUCGGUGGCGUCGCCAUAUCUUCUGCGAUAUUCCAGUGGAAGCUGGACAGUGCACUUCGAGAGCGAAUCCAUGAUCCUGACGCCGAAAAGAUUAUAACCCAUAUUAGACAAAACGCACGAGCAAUCGGGACGCUCCCACCGAGGUUGCAACGUAUCGCACGAGACUCAUACGCCGUCAGCUUGAAGAGCGUGUUUUUCUUCGCUUCUGUGUCUACCUUGAUGGCAUAUCUUGCUCGAUUACCAAUACCCGAAAAAGAUCUGGACAGUCGUCCGCGAUCGAAUUCAGCCCCUCCCUUACCGCCGCCUACUGCUAUUCCCUCAUCCUCUUUGACCUCGAAAAGUCGUAAUGAAGAAGAAGAGCAAGAGAGAGGCUUCAGCCAGGAACCGAGUACAUCGACAACACCUGACUCUGAGAUGUCCGAAACGGACGCUUUCUUCCCUGUGUCGAGUUCGCCAACAAUGAUGCCCAAUAGGAAACGUCGUCUAUCUACGUUUGAAUCUACGGAAGGGAUUUUAGAUUUGGAGAGUAGGCGGAUUGGAGGGUCUGCCAGGACUGGAACCAGUGUGACGGAUUGA